AUGACUGAGGUGGAGUUCUACUUCGUAUAUUUCGGCAGUCCGCAUUUUGCGCACCCACUAAUAUUUGCAGCCAUCCAGUUCGUACUGAGCGAUGAGUUCAGUAGUCUUCGUUCUGAGCAAAGGAUGGGUGUGUUGCACGAGGGAACAGGACCACGAAUCAACACUGCUCGUGUGGAAAUUGUUUUCGACAAUUCCGAUAGGCGAAUCCCAGCUAUAGAGGCAACGGAGGUGCGAGUAGUCCGUCAAGUAGUAAAUCUGAUGGAAUCGGCUGGCUUUUCUCGAUCCAAUCCAUAUUACAUUGUAAAACAAGGAAAGAUCAACGAAUUAGCUACUGCGCCAGACUCUCAUAGGCUGAAGCUUCUACGUGAGGUAGCUGGUACGCGAGUGUACGACGAAAGAAAAGAGGAAAGCUUGAAGAUUCUCAAGGAAACCCGUACGUACCGUUAA